AUGGCAGAGGCCUUCCCGAGUGCUUUGGUUGGACCGUCCUCGAAAGAGAGGAAAUAUGAUCGCCAAUUGCGCUUGUGGGCAGCAAGUGGACAGCAAGCUCUAGAAGAGUCCCGCGUGCUUCUCGUCAACUCUGACGAACCCUGGGGCAAGCACAACACGGGUGUAUCCGGUGUAGUCGGCGUGGAAACCCUUAAGAAUCUUGUACUUCCUGGAGUCGGAGGUUUCACGAUUGUGGACCCUGCAGUUGUCACCGAGCCGGACCUCGGGGUCAACUUUUUCUUGGAAGAAGAGAGCUUGGGCAAGUCCCGAGCCGAGGAGACCUGUCGAUUGCUACGAGAACUAAACCCGGACGUAGAUGGAAGCUUCUAUACUAAGUCAAUCUCAGAACUGCUGAAGGACCCUGAGUUUCUUCCGCAGCACAAGCUGGUCUUGGUGUCUGGACCGGUAAAACGCCCUUCUUUGGAGGCCAUUUGCAAGGCUGCUAAAGAGUUUGGCAUCCCAGUAAUCUACACACGCUCGGUUGGAUUCUAUUCCACCUUCUCUCUCCAGCUCCCGGCCGCAUUCCCUAUAGUAGAGACACAUCCAGAUCCUGAAAGCACACAGGAUCUCCGUCUCCUAAACCCGUGGCCUGAGUUGGCAGCGGCCGGUGCUAGCAUUCGCAACCUGGACAGCCUGGAUGAUCACCAGCAUGGCCAUGUCCCGUACAUUCUGCUUCUUCUGCACCACCUAGAACAAUGGAAAGAAGCGCACGAUGGCCAGGUGCCAUCGAAUUACAAAGAGAAAUCAGAAUUCAGGGAACUGGUGCGGUCGAGUGCAAGAACAAGCAACCCCGAAGGUGGAGAGGAGAACUAUGAUGAGGCUGUUGCCGCAGUUUUGAAGACCUUGAACCCAUUCAGCUUACGCAGUUCCCUUCGUGAGAUCUUCGAGAUGGAAGAAUGCAAGCACCCAGCCCCGGACUCGGCCAACUUCUGGAUUAUCGCGGCGGCCAUCCGUGAAUACUACCAUAGACACAGUUUACUUCCUUUACCGGGCUCUCUACCCGACAUGAAGGCUCAAUCAGCCGACUAUGUUUCUCUUCAGAACAUCUACAAGUCAAAGGCUCGCAAGGACAUAGAAGAAGUUACUCAGAUCGUCCGAAGCCUUGAAGCACAGCUUGGACCACGCCCGGCCCCAGCUUCGGACAAGGAUAUUGAGGUCUUCUGCAAGAAUGCGGCUCACAUCAAGGUUAUCCAUGGCCGCGAUAUUCCGAUAGUGGAUGGGGAGGCAACUACUCUAAAGGCGAUUCGGAACAACAUUGAUAUUCCAGACUCCCUUGUGCCGACCUUCCUUGCCUUCCAGGCCCUGGAUGACAUAAUCACCGACAUCCAAGCGGGCAAGAUAUCAGAGGAGGCCUUGGAUGAUGAGAAGGUGUGGGACUCUGCAAUAGACCGCAUCCUUGGUGCGCUUCACCCUGAAGGUGCAUCCACUAUUGAGGACGGAGACGCGAGGGAGCGAAUCCUACAAGCGGCACAGGAGCUACGGAGGACGCAAGGCGGUGAACUACACAACAUCUCCUCGCUCACCGGAGGACUAGUCGCGCAGGAGGCGCUCAAAGUAAUUACCAGGCAGUAUGUGCCCUUGGAUAACACUUGCAUUUUUGACGGGGUGCGCAGCCGCAGCGAGAUGUACAAGCUAUGAAGACGGUGGCGAAUAUGAAACCUGCAGUAGCCCCCAUAAGGCAGCAUUAUGCCAUG